AUGAAGAGCGAUGAAUAUUAUCGUAGCCGGGCGCAAACAUGGAGUGGCGCAGACAGUAAUAACUUCCAUGCUGGUUUUCCCCUCCCUGUUUUUGGGGCGCCCGGCAAGCUAUCUCAGGAAUACCUUGAAACUUUUGGUGAGAAAGAUGGGUGCUUCCAUUCGCUUAAUGGUGGUCCGGCUUGUGAGCUUUGUUCCAACGAUCUCAAUGAAAUCAUAUCAGGCAUUGGUUUCCCUUACCACGGGAAAAGUUUAUGUGGCCUCAUUGCCGGUUAUCCGUCUGUCGGCUCUUCAUCCUCAGGCGCUGCCUCGGGCGCAACUUCACUUGACUCCUUUACUGUCUCUUCCACCUCAUCCAACUCUCUCUCCUGUCCUACAACUUUUUUCUGUCCCUUUGAACAUCCUGUAGACCAUCAACUCAGUAGUACUUGUGCAGAUGCUAAAGCGUCUACCAUCGGACAUCUUACAGAAUCCCAGAAGCUCCGAGAGCAGCCACAGCAUUCCUACCCAUUUUAUCCACUGCCCUAUUCCUGUUCUGGCCUGUGCAAACAUCAUAUCCCUUUGAAUUGCUCCGGAAACCUGAUAGACCGAGAUCCGAUGCCCCAACCUAACUACCAUCCUCAGCAUCCUCAGCUCUCCUGUAAUCCUCGUAUCCAUGAUCAAGGUUUGCAAUACUGCCUCGGACAUAAUACAUCACAAGUAAUCCAUUCGCAGUCAUAUACUCGAUCAUGUCCUCUACCUCCGUCUCCACAACAACUUCAUUCUCCCCUCUCUUCUAUUAUUUGCUCGGUUAUCCAUUCUACGCCGUCUUCCUUGCCCGCAGAGCAUACAUUUCCGGAUUCACGACACGACUUUCACACUGGGAAUGCUGGCGUGGAAGCAGGAGGGAAAGAGAGAUUUUUAGUUGGCACCUCUAUUUCAUCCUUAUUUUCACCAUCACAUUCUCCCUUGCCCUCUGAAUCGAGGUCUAGAGAUAUCGUGCCUUCAGUUCCUUUACUUCCAAAAAUAGAGCAUGUCUAUCCCAUUUAUCAGGAUCUUUUGCCCCAGAGGUCGCAUCUAGAGACCAUUUGUUCUACCAGAACUGCUCCUCUUGAAGGCUCUCUUGGAGGCCUCGAUAGCUACCCAAUGCUCGUUACCAAUGCACCUGUGUGGCUAUCAAAUGCCCACUCAUUUUCCAGUUAUUCCCACUGUCCUGAUUCACCUUUAUCUCCUGAAGUAUACUCUUCGCCUGUGUAUGAAUCUAUCGAAACAUCGACUAACGCCUCCGUUCCUGACAAUCCUGGCAAUGGAUUUGCUCUGAGAGCCGUGCACCCUAGUUGGAAGCAUUCUUACUCAUUUGGAAGAAGCUGGAGGCCUAACGCUGGCUUUCUUGGAACUCUAGAAAGCAAAUGUGUUGGCGGACCUAUCGAUCUUAAUAGUCUUCGCGAAGAGGAUGAAGCCGAGACAGACACCAAGGUUGGAUCUCGUGGCGUCGGGGUAGCUGUUUCUGACUCGUCACUUUCUUCUGAUGUCAUAAAUCUUUUCUGGACCCAGCAAUGUCACCAAUUCGAGCAAGUUGAAGCGUCGGCCAACCCUAUAGUCGAGCUCGGUCCAACAACCAAACUGGCAACAUGUGUAGAUGGCCCAUCCGGCACAAUCCCUUCAGAUUGUCGAUCUGUUGUUUGCUCUGAGGCCAUAAAGGUCGAAUCUGGUUCCGGCUUUGCUGAUCUUGGCCAACUAAGGACUAAUGAGCAAGUUCUCGGCCCAGCUCUAGAGAAGAAUAUCAAGCCAGAUUGCAGCGAGAUCCUCAUCGAAAGCAAUAAGUAUCCUGUCAACUGUUCCACUCUCCUUCAUUCACACCCUAUAGAUUCCGAAAGUUUAUCUAAGGCUUCUUGUGUUGUUCUAGCACCGAAUAUUGAUCACCCUCUGCAAACAUCUUCCUCUCCCUCAGCAUGCUCUAUUCUCUAUCCUUCACUUUCCUCAUCUUCCCUUAACUCUUUCUUUCCUUCUUUCUCUAUCUCUUCAUCCUUGCCUUUGGUGCAACCUUCCUCAACUUCAUGGACUAAAAAAUGUGCAGCUGUGCCAAGCUCUAACCGAGUCUUGGCAUCAUUUGGAUCUUCGGCUGGUGACACUAGCGAUCGUGUUACCUUCUUGCACUCAACUAGCCUGAUUUCUUGGGAUCCAAAAGUAUCUUGCUCUGGGACCCCUGCUAAUUCAAAGACACCUGCUGUAACCGGCUUGUCCAUUCUACCUUGCAAAAAGUCGGCGCGUCGCAACCCUUGGGGUUCGGAGACCUAUUCAGAUUUGAUCUCUAAUGCGAUUCACUUUUAUCCAGAACAGCAAGCAACACUGCAGCAAAUCUAUGAUUUCAUCAUCAAUCGGUAUUCCUACUUCCGUGAGCGCAGCGAUCCUUCAAGUUCAUCCGGAUGGAAGGUAAGUCUUGAAACUAGCUCAGUAGUUUUCCAAAUUCCAUCUACUUUCGCGAAUUAA